UUGUUUGCAAUACUUUCCUUCAUGUUAAUCUUUUCUAUAAAUACCAAUGUUAUUUCUCAAUUUUCAUCAACAACAUAUCCAAGGUAAAUUUGAUCAUUAUCUAGAGUCCGAUCGAUCUCACAUAAUUACAAAGAUGGGUGCAAGAUGCAACGAUUUUCAGAUCAGCAUUUCUCCAGGUUCAUCACUGCAAAGUGUCCCCACUGAAACGACUACGUUCAUCAAUGCUAAAGUGGAGAUAAAGGAGACACCAAAUGCAUGGGUGUACAAGCUGGAACUUCCAGGGUUAAAGCAAGAAGAAGUGACGGUGUAUGUUGAUGAAGGUAACGUGCUGAGAAUAAGCGGCAAAAGGUGCAUAAAGAAAGAAGAAAAAUGGCAUGUGGUGAGCUACAGCGGCGAAUUCAUGAAACGAUUUAGGUUGCCUGAAAACACCAAGCCUUUAGAAACGAAGGCUUGUUUUGCUAAUGGAGCUGUCACGGUCAGCGUCCCCAAGGAACAAGUGAUCGACAAACCCAGUUGCAGUAGACAAAUACCAGUAAUCAACACCGCAUGCACCAAGUGUUCGCAGGGUUGUAAUGUUGUAAUCAACGGAUUGAAAUAAUAUCAGGCGACGCCUAUUCACAGCCCUAAAGGCUGGCCUGACGUCCUCCAUUUAAAAAGCUAUGUUCGGCCUUGAGUUUUCAAGCCCAAUUGAAACUUUCCUCAUAGAUGAAUUAGGCUAAGAUUUGUGUUCAUGAAAUACUAUGACCUCUCUUCAAUUAUUAAGUAUAUUUUCUAUAUUUUAAAUAAAUGUUAUUUUUUUA